CAAAACUUUCACAUACAUUUAUUACAGCAGGUUUUUCAGUCCUGUAGGGGUGCAACUCCUUUGACGCACAAAACAUCUCCCCUGUACUUUACUUUGCUCCUGUAAAAGAGAUCUGACAUUUUGGGUAAACUACUUUUAACAAGAAGAGUGGACUACUUAUUUAUCAUGAAUUUUAUGCUAUUGCUCACAGUGGGAGCAAUAAUUAACACCAGCAUUCAGGAAAUACUUAUUGAACCUAAGGUACCAAGCAUGGUUAGCGCAUGUGUAGGAUCAGACACAACCAUCGAGUGCUCUUUUCCUUCAGAUGUUUUAAUGGGGCCCAAAGUGAACUGGUAUUAUAACAACAUUUCUACUGACCAUAUGAUUAAAUUCAUCUCAAUGAAUGGCUCGAGUCGUUACCUUAAAGAAAAAGGAAGGAAUGCUUCAAAUUUAAUUAUUAGAAAUGUUACUGUCAGUGACAGUGGAUUGUAUUUUUGUGAGGUCACACUGGAUAUUCCUCUACUGAUCAAAAAAAGCAGCAAUGGAUGUAACCUGUUUAUUUAUUCACCCACAGAGAGUCCUCUGAAUAUCAGUACAACAAAUUCAUCUACACCUUGUGUCUCUGAAACUCACAAGGAUUUUCCAUUGUGGCUUUGGGUAGCCUUGGCAGUGGGUUGUGCCAUGGUUAUAACAACUGGGAUCAUCACAACAGUCAUAUGUAGAAGAAGAAAAGAGGCCCCUGUUUAUGAAAACACAAUGGAAGCCAAAAUGAAACACAGGAAAGAAGCUCAAUCUCUUCACCACAGCAUGCCAUCAAAAGGAUAUGCAAAUAAACAAAUGGAUACUCUGAAACCACAUAAAUAUGAAUCUCGUCCCAAAGAGAACCCUGUUUAUGAGAACACAAAAGGAGUCUCAAGAAGAUAUGAGAAGAAAGUUUGAUCACUUUGCUGCUGCAUGUCAUCAAAAGGAGACUCAAAUAAACAAAAGGACACUUUGUAAAUAGAUAAAUAUAAUUCCAGAUGUGGUCAACUGAGCCAGUGGAAUCAUGCAAAAUAAUGCAAUCGGAUUUAUAUCUCUUAUUUUAAUAUUAUUGUUUUUAUGUUGAUGGUUAUGAUUUUAUAAUUUGUUUGGAUGACUGUAAAAAAAGGAU